AUGGUCCUGACAAAGCUUGCCAUCUGGCUCUGGGGCCCAGAUGCCAAGGAUCGAGCCUUACUAUCCAAAUUGGAUGUGACGCUGCUCCCUUAUUUCUCAUUGAUCUGGUUUCUAUUCGGUAUAACCCGAGCAAGUUAUUCAUCUGCAUACAUCAGUGGCAUGAAAGAGGCCCUGGGCUUCGAGGGCAAGCAGUACAACUACAUGAACACCGCGUACCUGGUUGUUUAUGCUGUUUGCCAGAUCCCGGGUACCAGUCUACUAACUGUAUUGCGACCGAAAUAUGUCUUUGUCACUGCCAACUUGACGUGGAGUGUGUUGACCUUGAUCACAUACAAGAUGACGCAUGCCUGGCAAGUCAUUGUGCUGAAUGCCAUUGAGGGCGGCUUUUCCGCUAUUGCAUACGUUGGAGCACAGUUCAUUCUCGGCUCGUGGUACCGUAAGUCUGAGCUGGGUGUUCGAGCGGCUGUGUUUUGUGUAUUCGGCCAACUAGGCACAAUGUCUGGUGGCUGGAUGCAGGCCGGCCUGCUUGAGACUCUCGCAGGCAAAGGUGGUCUGCCAGCGUGGAAAUGGAUUUUCAUUAUUGUGUCUGUCAUGACGAUUCCCGUUGCAUUAUUCGGCUGGAUCUUUAUUCCGGAUCUCCCUGCUCACCAUGCCGCCUGGUAUCUCAGCGAUGAGCAAAAGGAACAUGCGGCUACUCGACUAGGUCCCUUCCGCCAACAGUCAUGGGAUAUUACCGUCUUCAAACGUGUCUUGCUGAGCUGGCAAUUCUAUCUCUUGCCAACCCUCUUCAUGUUAUACUCGCUCUGCGUGCAGAUGCUACAGAAUAACGUCAUGGCCUAUUGGAUGGCCUCGAGAGGCUACACCACCGUACAACAGAACAACUACCCUACAGGGAUCUACGCGACAGCUAUUGUCGGAACAGUAUUUUAUGCCGUCAUUUCCGAUAAACUUCAAUCCCGCUGGGAAGUAUCCGUCGCGAUCGGCUUAACUUUUAUCAUUGGCUCGGCCAUCCUAGUGUCUAGUCCGUCCACAGAUGCUGGGUACUUCGUUGCCUUUUACUUACUCGGGACAACCUUUGCUCCACAGGCUGUGUGGUAUUCGUGGAUGGCCGAUGUGACGAGUCAUGACUUCCAACUACGCGCCAUCACGACAGGCUUCAUGAAUUCAUUUGAUUUUGCCUUUGUGUCCUGGUGGCCCCUAAUUUUCUACCCAGCGACAGAUGCGCCUGAUUUCAGAAAGGGUUAUAUUGCCAGUUUAGUUACAGGAACUUUGACCCUGCCAUUUAUCGCUAUCAUCGCCUACCUAGAAAGGAGGGAUACAGCUCGCGGGAUUAUCGGGAGGAUUUCUGCUCACGAUUCCGAUGCCGAGGGAUCGGGAUUUCAGCACGAGCCAGUCGAUGAAAAUACCCCGAUCAAUGUACGACCGAAGACUAAUGUGUAG